AUGGUGGCCUUCUUAGCGGUAGCCGCUGCUCUAUGUGCGGUCUUGCUCAUCGCGCUCAACCGUAGUCGUGGUCGUGGUAAACGUCUACCUCCUGGGCCUAAGGGCCUACCGGUGUUGGGCAACGCCCUCGACAUGCCGACCGGUAACCUGUGGACAACGUUCACAGAAUGGGGUCACAAGUAUGGUGACAUAGUGUCCAUCACCGUCUUUGGCCAGACUAUCGUGAUCCUCAAUUCCUGGGCAGUCGCUUCUGAGCUCAUGGAGAAGCGUGGUGCACUCUACUCGGAUCGCCCCAAGCCACUCAUCCACAAGCUCGUCAACACACCUGCGCAACUCGAGAAGGUCUUGCCUCCGGAGAAGGGACUCGAGAAACACUGGCACAGGUUCGCAAAGGACGUCCUUCGGGCUCCGGAACGGCUCGACCGGCACAUUCAGAACGCUGUCGUGUCAGUGUUGAUGCAGGUCUCGCACGGUUUCACUCCCGAGGGAGUGGACGACCCGAUGACUGUUGUGUACGGUGACGCCAUGGAGCAGUUCAGUAUAGUCACUGCACCCGGAGCUUUUCUUGUCGAUGUCUUCCCUAUACUUCGCUACGUGCCUUCUUGGAUGCCAGGGACUUCAUGGAAGCGACAGGCCGUAGCGUAUGCGAAGACAGUUGCUGAUAUGGCUGACAUACCAUUCUUGCGACUUAAACGCCAGAUUACCGCAGGCACUGCGGAGCCAUCAUUUGGCUCCUUCAACAUGCAAGGGAGCGCACUGAGCGCGGAACAGGAACAUAUGGUGAAAUGGGCUGCGACGUCCAUCUACUUUGGCGGGGCUAAUACAACGAUUCCAACAAUUCGCCUGUUCUUUCUUUGCAUGACUCUUUUCCCGCACGUUCAGGCGAAGGCACAAGCCGAGAUUGACUCUGUGUUGGGCGACGCGCUUCCAGCCUUGAACGACAGGGCACGGCUGCCUUAUGUGGACGCUCUCGUGAAAGAGGUGUUCCGGUGGAAUCCACCAGCUCCAGGAGCUGGUUUCCGUCGUACUACAGAGGACGACGAAUACAAGGGCUACUUCAUUCCCAAGGGCGCAAUCGUCAUCCCGAAUGUUUGGCAUUUCUCCAUGACCCGCAGCGCUAUCAAGACCCCAUGUCUUUCAACCCGAUCGCUUUAUGCCUUCCGUAGGCAAGUCCCCGAGGCAGACCCCAGGCCGCCUUGCUUUGGCUUCGGUCGGCGGGCAUGCCCUGGCUACACACUUGGAGAAGCCGAUGUGUUCGUAGCAUGUGCAACGGCGCUGGCGCUAUUCGACAUAUCGUCUCCUUCGGUGGGAGAACGGGAAACGAAGACGUCUCCAAUGAGCGUCUCGCCCCUCGAGCUGUGUACAUACAACGGCUCGAUCAGUCAUCCCAAACCCUUCGACUGUUCCUUGAAGCCACGUAACCAGAGAGUCGAGACCACCAUCCUGAGUCUCAACGGUGACUAG